AUGGCCGACCCAUCUUCAUACUCAUCUUCCCUACCAUCAUCACCUUCCCAAGCACCCAUCUCCGCACGGGAGAUGACUUUCCUUGCUGCUAGCCGCUGCUUUGCUACCCAACCCAAGCCUUCAUCAAGAAUCGCCGAAAAAUCUCGGCGAAAUACCUCUGUAGCCAAACCACUCACCAUUCGAGAGGGGCUGAGCACGGAGAGUGUCCCUGCCAUCAGACCUGAGGUGGCGCUCCCAAUACCUUCAACAGAAAGCAAACUCAAGCGAAGGGACGAUAAAGAGGUAUUUGGGAGUAUUUUGAGAAAUAUGGAAAGAGAGGGGGGACUACCAGAAGCUGGAGUUGUAAACCGACCCCUGCCUUCAGAGGAAAAAAUGGUGGAAGCUUCGCGGAGAAGGGCCCUGGCCAUUGCGGAUCCUAAGGAGACUGUUCCAACAGACUCCAAUGAGGGACCCAUCAAGGCCAUUUUGGAGGUAGUAGGAGUGAAGAAGCAGACAGGGAUGGCUGAAGGGAAGAAGAAUAGAAAAAGUAAAGAAAAACGGGUGGAAAGAGAUGAAGCUGCUCGACCGAAGAAGGAGAAGAAAGAAAAGAAGGAAAGCAAAAAGAAACAACGCAAGCGAGAAGAGAAACGCCUGAAGAAGGAGAAGAAAAGGAAGAGGGUGGAAAACCUAGAUUUUGACAGAGAAUCAACCACCACAAGGGUGGAAAAGAGGAUGUCAACACAAAUCAAAGCAUCAGCGUAA